AUGGCUGCAAAGGGAGACAAGAUCGAAAAGAUCAUCACACGCCUGCAAACCCGCAUCGCUGAGGGUCAGUUCUACGAAGCCCAACAGCAGACGCGCGUGGUUGCCGCCCGUUACAUCAAAGCCGCCAACUGGCCCGCUGCAAUCGACAUCCUCUACAAUGUCGGCCAGUCCCUCCUCAAGGCCGGCCAGGGCGGAUCUGGUGGCGACCUCUGCGUCUUGCUCGUCGACGUCUUCAAGCAGGCCGAGCUCAAGCCUGACGCUGCGAACAAGGGCAAGCUGCUUACCUGUCUGCGCCUGUUCCCCGCCGAGGAGCCUACGAGGAAGAAGUUCGUUGGAAAGAUGAUUGCAUGGUCUUCCAAGUUUGGCGAGUACCCCGCUGGGGACGCUGACCUGCACCACGUUGCUGGAUCGCUCUACGCCGAGGAACACGACACCUACGAGGCAGAGAGACAUUUGGUAUUAGGAACGAAAGACUCGGCUGAGGUCCUCGCCCGCAUGGAAUAUGCAUGGUACAAGGAGGACGACUCGCACACGGCCCCGCUCUACGCCGCCCGCGCCAUCCUCCCCUACCUCCUCGUCGGCAACCUCCGCGCAGCCAACACCAGCUACCGCCUGUUCACCUCCUCGCUGAGCGACGACAACAAGGGCCUCGGUGUCCAGGACGUCAGCAGCAACAGCGCCGACCUGCGCAUCUUCCCAGGCCUCCCACUCCUCAACUUCCUUGGCCUCCUCCUGUUGGCCGUGCAGCGCGGCACCCCGGACGUCUACAAGCAGCUCGUCACGAAAUACUCAUCCAACAUUUCCGAGGUCGGCGCCUGGAAUGAGGCGCUUGAGCUGAUUGCCGAGAUGUACUUCGGCAUCUCGCGCCCGCGACAGAGCAACCCGCUCAUGGAUAUGAUGGGCAGCCUGUUCGGCGGCGGAGCCGGCGGUGGUGCGCCGCAGCAGCGACGGCCUGCGCCGAGACGUGUGGAGGCUCCCCAGGCCGAGGGACUAGACUAG